GACACACAGCUACCGAACCAUCGGACACGCAGCUACCGAGCCAUCGGACACGCAGCUACCGAACCAUCGGACACGCAGAUACCGAGCCAUCGGACACAUCGGAUACACACGAUUCCGAGCCACACGGUUAUACACGGAUAACCGAGCCACACGGUUAUACACGGAUUCCGAACCAUCGGAUACUCACGCAUAUACACGGAUUCCGAGCCACACGGAUUCCGAGCCUACGGAUACUCACGCAUAUACACGGAUUCCGAGCCACACGGAUACACUCGGACACACGGAUCGGCGAGCCACGGAUAUACACGGAUCGGCGAGCCACGGAAUACACACGGAUCGGCGAGCCACGGAUACAUACGGAACGAGCUUGACCGCUAUCGGCAGAGCAACGGCAACGACAGCGCAUCGAACAAAGGAGACUAUCGUAAUACUAGAUCGGCUAAUUUUCACAUAACCAACUUGCAAAAAUUGUCGAUUACAUUAUCUUUAGGUUUAAGCAUUUGUUUGUAAGUUUAUUAUUUUUAAGGUUAUUAUUGCAAUUGUUCCCUUCUUAUUGGCACACGAUGUCGGAAGAAGUGAAGGCGUUGAUUCAGGGGCGUGCCACGAUCAAGGCGCAACUGACUAGAUUUAGAACCUACCUAGAAAAAUGGUCCGAACGCCCUGAUGAGCAGCAGCUUAUCGAGCGGCUUGAAAAGGUUAAGGCGACUUGGGACAGCUUCGAAUUGAUUCAAGGUAAACUCGAAGUUUUAAACGCGGAAGCUAGUGGUGAUGCAUCAAGUGACGUUGAGCGAAACCACUUUGAGGAUUCGUAUUUUGAAUUGAUAGCGCGUGCUCAGCGUCGUAUUGCGGCGUUGAGACCUAACACUGUCGUAGAUGGUACAGCGACUAUUCAAAACCAGCCUGCUUUACAAAACUCAGUAAACAAAAUAAAGCUCCCUACGAUUAAAUUACCUACCUUUAAUGGAAGGUACGAUGAAUGGUUAGGUUUUUAUGAUAAUUUUAAAUCCAUAGUACAUGAUAAUUGUGAUUUAACGCCUGUUCAAAAAUUACAAUACUUAAGAUCAUCUCUGAAGGAGGAAGCGGCUCAGGUCAUACAAGCACUUGAAACAUCAUCUCAGAAUUACAGCAUAGCUUGGGGGUUAUUAACAGAGAGAUACGACAAUAGACGCAUAAUCAUACAAAGCCAUGUUCGCGCACUUUUCGAUUUACCGGCAAUAGCUAAGGAAUCACCAAUCCAAUUAAGAACGUUGGUCGAUUCCGCAUUAAAGCAUACAAGAGCGCUUAACGCUUUAGGUCAGCCUACUGAUUCAUGGGACUCCUUGCUCUUGCAUCUGAUAACAGCUAAACUCGAUCGAAACACUCACAAGGAAUGGGAACGCACUCUCGAUGGUACCGGUAUGCCAUCCAUGAAAGAAUUUUGGAAAUUCUUAAAAAAUCGCUGUCAGGUUUUAGAAAGCAUAAAUCAGGAGAAUUCAACGCAGGCAAAUUCGUCGACGAAAAAUCAACCGCGGCUAAACAAUAAUUUAAGCAAUGCAAAUCAAAGAGGGCGACAGGCUCUGGUAGCUUCACAUGUGCCGCUUGAGUGUGCAAUCUGUAAGCAAAAUCACAACACGUACCAAUGCGAGCAAUUUCUUAAAAUGGAUCGUAACGCUAGAUGCGCUAAAGUGAAGUCACUGAGACUUUGUUACAAUUGCUUGAGAUCAAAUCACUUAGCAAACGAAUGCAGAUCGGGAUCAUGUAAAAAAUGUAAACGGAAACACAAUACUCUUCUUCAUGGUGAAACCGACCUACCUGUUCAGGAAACGGUUAACCUUAAGUCUGUGGAAUCUAAUUCAAGUACGAGUUUGCAGGCUAUUGUUACAUCACAGGUCCUUUUAUCUACCGCGGUAGUCCCGCUACUAAAUAAACAAGGAGAGCUUGUCAGAUGCAAGGUUUUGCUGGAUAACGGAUCCCAGUCUAACUUCAUUACCGAAAGGUUGUGCAAUAUUUUAAAUCUCGUCAAAACUGAAAUUAACAUUCCGGUUUCGGGCUUCAAUCAGAACUUGACUCAUAUCAAGCAUUCGGUCAGAACUACACUUCAUUCCAGGGACGGACGUUUCCAAGCUAAUUUAGCAUUCUUGGUUGUUUCUCGGAUUACAGAAAGGCUUCCAUCACAAGCAAUUAACACACGUGAGCUUAAUAUUCCCCAGAACAUUGCACUGGCGGAUCCUGGGUUUGCUAAUCCUUCAGAAAUUGAUGCCCUAAUCGGAGCAGAGUUGUUCUAUCAAUUGUUAUGUGUAGGCCAAGUAAAACUCAACAAUUCUGCAUUAAUUUUACAGAAAACAAGGCUUGGUUGGGUAGUCUCUGGGCCCUUGCACAGUCAGGGUUCCAUGUCAAACAAAAUCAUGUGUAACUUAACUGUAGACUCUUUAAAUGCCCAAGUUGCUAAAUUUUGGGAGAUAGAAGAAAUCCCAGCUAUCAAACAUUUAUCUGAUGUAGAGCACGCAUGUGAGCAACAUUUUUCUAAAACGCACUUUAGGAAACGAAGUGGAAGAUAUGUUGUAAGGCUUCCUUUUAAUGACAAAAAGCGAGAUAUCGGAGCGUCCUUUGAAUUAGCAAAAAAAAGGUUGUAUUCAUUGGAAAGGCGGUUAAUGCGUAAUCCACAAAUGGGUGAGGAAUACUCAAAUUUCUUGAGCGAUUACGAGAAUCUGGGGCAUAUGACGGAAAUGGCUGAAGCGGAUAUAACAGAAGAUGGAUAUUUCAUCCCACAUCAUCCAGUACUCAAACAGGAUAGCCAAACUACAAAAUUACGAGUGGUUUUUGAUGCCUCUUCGAACACUACCAGUGGAAUUUCUCUGAAUGACACACUUCUUACUGGUCCAAUCAUUCAAAAGGAUUUGUUCACCAUCAUCACGAAGUUCAGAAUGCACAGAUGGGUGCUGACUGCUGACAUAGAAAAAAUGUUCAGGCAGAUUAGCAUGCAUCGUGAAGAUAUCAAAUAUCAAAGGAUCUUGUGGCGCAGAAAUCAAGACGAAGCAGUUAAGGUAUUUCAGUUAAAUACAUUAACCUAUGGCACUGGCCCUGCAUCAUUUCUGGCAGUACGAGUUCUGAAGCAAUUGGCUCACGACGAGCAGGAGCGGUUUCCACUAGCAAGUAAGGUCCUUCAAAACGACUUCUACGUAGAUGAUCUUCUAACUGGUUCAUCUAGUUUAGAGGAAGCACAAACGCUGCGAGAUCAACUCAUUGAAUUGUUAGCCGCCGGUGGCUUCAAUUUAAGAAAAUGGUGUUCCAAUGAGCCAUCUCUUCUGGAGCCAUUAUUACAGAAAUCCGCUGACCCUCACGCUUGUCUGAGUGAAAUUGAAAAACACAAGGCACUCGGCGUUCAUUGGAAUCCACUUGACGACAGUUUAUUUCAUACCGUGAAGCCUUUUACACAACAUCAACGAAUCACCAAGAGGAGCAUGCUUUCACAAAUUGCUUCACUUUUCGAUCCUCUUGGACUUCUGGGCCCAAUCAUCGUGAAGGCAAAAAUCAUGCUCCAACAACUGUGGAAGAUCCAUCUUGAUUGGGAUGAGUCAGUUCCUUUGGAUAUUGCUACUACAUGGAACAAGUAUACGCAACAAUUUGAUAUCCUGGACCACUAUGCAGUUCCUCGUCACAUUAAGGGGGAUGAUACGGUUCAAACGCAAUUGCAUGGCUUCUGCGAUGCCAGCGAGAAUGCUUAUGGAGCCGUUCUGUAUUUAAGAUGCACAACUUCAUCGAGAGUUAAAACGGUUCGACUCAUAUGUUCCAAAACUCGCGUGGCUCCAAUUAAAAGGCUAUCAUUACCCAGACUUGAGCUGUGUGCAGCAGUUCUUCUUAGCAAACUAUAUGAAGCUGUUGUAAGGGCCUUUACGCUCAGCUUGGACGAAGUGUAUUUUUGGUCGGACUCUAUGAUCGCAUUGCACUGGAUUAGAACUUCGCCGCAUAAGUUGAAGACCUUUGUUGCAAACAGGGUUUCGCUAAUUCAAGAGGGUACCAAACAUGGAAAUUGGAGGCACGUGCCGUCCCAAGACAACCCGGCUGACGCUCUAUCAAGAGGACAGUUUCCUAGGGAGUUUAUUCACAGCCAUAUUUGGCUGAAUGGACCUGACUGGCUGACAAGAGAAGAGGAGCUUUGGCCGCCGAAUGCACUACCCGCAUUGGAAAUUCCUGAACAACGUUCGACAAUAGUACUGUCAAACGUAGGUCCCACUGAGAACGAAGUCUUGCAAAGAUUCUCGUCAUUUAUCAAGAUGAUAAGAGUGAUUGCUUAUUGUCUGCGUUUUUACAAUCAUUGCCGUUCUCACAAAUCAAACUCGGAAGAUCUUAACAAUGAAGAGCUAAAACAAGCUGAGGCGUGUAUCUUAAAACUAGUUCAAGGCGUCGCCUUCAAAAAUGAGUUGUACAGUUUACGCGAAAGACAUUCAUUGGAUAAGAGGAGUAACAUAUUGUCGCUUAACCCAUUUUUGGAUUCGGAUGGUAUAAUUAGAGUUGGAGGUCGACUAAGACACUCGGAGUUAGAAUUUGCUCAAAAGCAUCCUAUUUUAUUACCAACCAAUAAUCACGUCACUGAAAAUAUAAUUCGCGAAGCCCAUAUCAAGCUUGGUCAUGCUGGAAGCCAGGCAACAUUGUAUACAAUAAGGCAAAGGUUUUGGUUACUAAAUGGCAAAAAUCGCGUCAAGGGAGUAAUCAGAAAAUGCAUAACAUGCGCGCGCUGGAAACCCUCCACACCGGAAUAUCAAAUGGGUGAUUUGCCCAAGGCUAGAAUUGUAAGCACAAGACCAUUUGGAAAUAGCGGAGUUGAUUUUUGUGGCCCGUUUUUUAUUAAGGAAAAGAAGCAUCGUAACCGCAAUAAAAUUAAAAUUUACGUAGCCAUAUUUAUAUGUUUAGUAAGCAAAGCCGUGCAUUUAGAAUUAGUAAGCGAGUUAACGACUGAAGCGUUCAUAGCUACUCUGAAGCGAUUUUUUGCUCGUCGUGGUAAGGCGCGAGUGAUCUAUUCGGACAAUGCUACAAAUUUUGUAGGUGCGAAAAACCACCUAGAUGAAGUUUUUGAAUUUCUACGACAAAACACGAAUAAGCAAAUCAUUGAUCGGUAUUUAGUCAAUGAAGGAAUGCAGUGGUCAUUUAUACCUCCCCGGUCACCGCAUUUUGGUGGGAUUUGGGAGGCCGCCGUCAAGAGUUUCAAGCAUCAUUUGCGUCGAAUAAUUGGAGAGACUCUUUUUACAUUUGAGCAAUUUAAUACAUUGGUUAUAGAGAUAGAGGCUAUAUUGAACUCUAGGCCUCUCACGCCCUUGUCGGCUGAUCCGAAUGAUCCACUCGCUCUCACACCAGCGCAUUUUUUGAUUAACAUCGUUACAAUCAGUUCCCGAUUAUGACUUCACGAAUACAAGUGCAAAUCGUUUAUCUAAUUGGCAACAUAUUCAAAGAGUAAAACAGCAUUUCUGGGAACGCUGGCAUAAGGAAUAUUUGAAUGAGUUACAGCAGCGUGUUAAGUGGAAUUGCAAGGAGUCUUCCAACAUAAGUGUAGGCGAUCUUGUAGUUGUCAAGGAGGAUAAUACACCACCGUUAUAUUGGUUGACCGGCAGAGUGAUAGAAACUCACCCUGGUAGUGACGGUAUAGUUAGGGUAAUAACAGUAAAGACUGCGAACGGGGCGUAUAAGCGGUGCGUUAAGAAGGUAUCCCUGUUACCAUAGUAUAAGAUUAUUUUCGGUUUAUUCUUAAGUUUUGAGUUAAGCUCUGUUUUUAUACAAUACUAUACGUAACACUGUGAUAUAUCUGUUACUAAUUUUCUUUGUUUGAACAUGUCGUUCAAAGGGGGGGUGAUAUGUUAAGUUUCCAGCACUAGGUGUUUUCCCCUAUUUUCGAUUAUGGCGUUUUUUGAGUUACGCUCUUACUAGAUUUAAGUUGGUAGGAGUGUGUGGAGGAGUUGAGAAAAAGAUGGCGGAAGUUAAGUGCCGAUGGUGAACGUCGUGACAAAUAAAUCGACUGAUUUUUCUAUGAAACAAGAGUGUGCAAAAUCAUUACAUCACCAACACAACACUGUGAAUUUAUAAAUAGAUGGUCCAGACGUAAAAAUUUGGCCAUCACAACGGUCACGUGCAUCAAAUACGAGCAUUGCACGGCACCACCGUACAGGAUGCUUUGAACUUUGAAGAUUCUUAUGAUAUUCAUAAGCGUUAUGAUAAAAUAUCAAAUACAAGAAUAUACUUAGGAGAAAACAUAUCGGUUGGUCAACUGUCUUGGGAAAUGACAAAACUGCGUUUGUAUAAUGACUACCUGAUUGAGUUGAAUAUGAAUGAUACAAUAAGAUUUAAACAUUUGAAUGAUUCGUUCAAAAUUAUUACAAUAAAAAUAAGAGACGUCAGAAAGAAAUAUGCAUACGAAUCAGAGGGAGAACAAUAUGAAAGAAAAGUUGAAACGGACAAUUAAAAUAGAUGUAAGUAUUAUAUGUUAUUGGUAAUGUGCUUUUCAACAUAAUGUUGAAAAAGACAGUAACAUAACAAAA